UUUUUUUAUUGUGUUAAAUUUUUAUUUAUAAGUACAUAAAUAGUCUCCGUACCUAUUGGUAUAUAAGUCGAGUGUUUCGUAGCUUUAUAUUGCAUAAACAUUCAAUAACCGGCAGGGAACCGAAAUGGUUAGAAUUACGUCGUAUGUUUUCGUUGAUAUUGAGACGACGGGUCUCCCGCACGAAGAGUUAAAUAAGACCAAAAUAACGGAAAUCAGUAUGGUUGCAGUGCAAAGGGAUCACAUUUUAAAUACGAACAAGGGUUCUCUACCGCGAGUGCAAAAUAAGCUCACGCUGUGUCUGAAUCCACGUAGAAUGGUAAGCCCCGCCUCUGGAGAGAUUACAAAGCUGUCUAAUGAAUUACUAGAAUAUCAGCCGUCAUUUGAUUUAGAAGUACACGCUAUAUUAAACAAAUUUCUUAACAUAUUGCCUAAACCAGUAUGUUUAAUAGCAUACAAUGGUCACAAUUUCGACUUCCCAAUCAUAAAAAAUCAGUUGGAAAGACUAGGUAUGAAGUUUUCAGAUGAUUUGUAUUGUGCAGAUUGUUAUCAUGGUUUCUAUGAUAUAGAGAAUCCUCCACGGAUCGAGAAUCAACCAUCAAAAGGUGAUACCAUAGACAAUGGACUUACAGAGAAAAAUUUGCAGAAAGUUAGGCUGGUAGAUGAGGAAAUUAAAGAAAAAAAAAUUAAAAACCAUGUACAGACGUCAUCUGAUCCAAAAUGUAGAUCUAAUGUAAUAAAUGGAGAAGCAAUGAGUAGUAAUACAAGCAAGGGAUUUAGUAAUAUUUACACAAGUGAUAUAGAUGUUGAAGAAUUUAUGGCAUCUAUUGACGAGACAGAUUUUAUUAAUGGAAGUAUGAAUAUGAAACUUCUCAAUGAAAGCACUCCAAAACAACAAAUAAAGCCAGCAACCGGACAGAAAAGAGUUAUGAAGGCUCGCAGACGACUUCCGUGGACUGAAAAGAAGCCAAAGUUUUCUUAUAAAUUAGGAGAUCUUCAUGAAAGAGUAUUUAAAGAGACUGCAAUAGAUUUACACUGUGCUGAGAGUGACUGUCUAACAGCACUCAAAAUUGCAGUUGCAAUAUCUAAUAAAUUUGUACAAUGGACAGAAAAGAACUGUGUAUUAUUUUCUGAAGUGAACACAAUGACUCCUGGGGUGCGCAUUGGUGAUUAGCAUCAAUUUGACCUUACUUAAACAUUGUGUAUAGUACUUCAAUGUGGGAAACCGCGAGGAGGUCGACGUGGUUGGGUAUAUUGCAAUAGCAAGCAAUGGGAUUCUCAGUCUCCAUUACUAACAAUCGCUUUCCCCCCGGUUAGGAUAUACUGUACACCAUUGAAAUUAUGUAAACUCUAUGGAAGAGAAAGAAAGUACACAUUAAAUCUGCUAUACUCCCCAUAGAUUAUUAGAUUGUUUUAAAUAUCUAAUAUAUAAGAAUAUAGCUUACCUACUUACAAUUGUUUUUUUUCUCUUGUAAUAUUUAAUUAAUAAGUGAUAUUUAUAAUAGAACAAACAACUGUAAUAUUUGAAUUUCUUUCAAUAUAUUUAAUACUGAUUUAUGUGUACUUUUGUAGCAAAUUUUUGUAAUAACUUUUUUUUUUUUCUAAAUUAUACCAAAGACUAAGACUGAUUGUCUUUUAUAAAAAAUAAAUUAUAAAUUUACUUAAAUUACUUGACUUUAAAUGAUUUACUUUUUAACUGACUAUUGAAUAGGUGCUAAAUAAUUAUAUAGGAUAAUUUUAUUAUUUACCAUAGCACAGCAUGAUAUUGUAUGAGUCUACUGUCAUGAUAUACUAUGAGAUAUAACAGGAAAGCAAAAUGUAUGUAAUUGUAUGACCAGAGGGUGAUUUUGUACAAAAGUCGUUUGCUUGUGUUCCAUUGCCUCUGUCCCAUUAGUGUUUCUACUGUGAAACAGUUGUGUUUGCAUGGCUGUGUUUCGGUUUGAAGGGUGGGAUAUGGCUGUGAAUUUACUGGGUACAGAGGAAUAACACCUGAGUCCUCAGGAAUGGCAACGCAUGGGGGGUAUCAUGGGCAAAACGGUACACUCUGUUAUGUCCAUAUAUUAUAUAUAAAUAUAAAUACAUCCAAAUUGAAAAACUUCUUCAUUUUGAAGUUGAGUGAUUACAUAUGUAUACAGCUAUAUUUUUCCAUAUGCAUGUUUUUCAGCUAUUUUUAGUAUAUAUAUAUUUUAUAUUCAACUUAGAAUGGCAAACAAGCUGACGACCCACCUGAUGGAAAGUGGUAACCGUCGCCUAUAGACAUGAGCAGUACCAUGGACAUAACAGUACACACACACUAUACACUAAAAAUAGCCAAAUUUUAUACAUAUAAUAUAAAUUCUAGUGAGAACAAUUUAAUUAUUAAAAUCCAUUCAUUGUUUUUAAUAUGGUAUAUUCUAAUGAUAUUGUGCCCUGCUAUGGUAAAUUAUAAAAAUGCCUAAUGUGUACUAUAAAUACUUUUCUGAUUACUGUUGCAUUCUGAUUAUAGUUACAUUUCAUUACAAUUAUUAAAUAAUUGUUUUUUGAUUAUGUAUGUAAAAUUAGCUUUUAUACUUUCUUGUUGCAUGAUUUAUGGUUUAUUAGAGAUGGGAUUUAAUGCCAUUGUUUAAUUAUGAUAAUUUAGCUGAGUUAUCUGAUCGUUUCAACCAGUGGGCGUACCAUGAAAUAAUUUCAGAAAUUUUGAGGCCUAACAAAACAAAUUUGAUGUUAAAACUUCAUAAUAUAUACAAUUUAAAAUGGUUAAAAUAUCGUUAAUUUAGACUAUUAUAGUAGGAUUUGUGAUGAAGGAAAUAUUAAGCUCUAUUUACUGAGUCAAUUACGGUACGAACAAAACACGAAGUUGAUCUCAAAUGUUUGGGAUUUUAUUUCAUGAUAGUUCCCCAUGUUACCUGCACGACACAUCGUGAUAAGUUAUUUAGCAUAGUAUAUGUAAAUAAUUGCAUUAAUUCUAAUUAUGAAAUGAAAUGAAAUGAAUUUAUUUUGCUAGAAUGCAGGUAAUUUUAGAUGAUAGAGGUAAUAGAGUAAUUUUAGAUGAUUAAUUCUAUGUAAACCAUGAACAUGUAUAAAAAAACAUUUAUUCCAUAUUUUAAUUAUACAUGUUUUAUUUUUAUACUUAUAUACUUAGUUUUUAAAACUUAUCUCAACUUUGUUAGUAGUUUUUAAUUUCGAAUAUAAUGUUUAUUUACCACUUUUUUUUUAAUAAAUAUUCUUUAUUGGAAAAUAU